AGCACGCUAAUAUGGGCAAGUCCCAUCAUUUUUCCUCUUCCAUUCUCUUCUUCCUCUUAUUUCCUUUCCUUUCCUCCAUUGAUUCUGUCACUUCCUCAUGUCCCAUUGAUUUCAGCUAUGUCAAAUCCUUCGAAUGGGACACCACUCUCUGCCGCGAACCGGUGGACGCAAACUGUUGCCAGACACUUCGCAGCCUGUUUGGGAUUGGACUCGCGCACCACCUCAACCAAACAUCCAUGUUCUAUCUCCCCAACGCAGAGACUUCAACUUCAUGCCUCUCCGACUUCCAAACCAAGCUCACCGCGGUCUCAUUAUCACCCUCGUUAGUCCCUCAGUGCUUGAACAAUUCAGAUGAUUUCGUUGCCAAGGCCUCCAACUGUGCCGGGAUUGCCACCAUCCAAGAUUGGAUCGAAAAGACUGGUUCGUCAAGUAAUUCCUUGAAUCCAUCUUGUAAUGGGGACUUAACCGGACUCACCCGGUGCAGCUCUUGCCUUGAUGCUGGCAUGAAGGUGACUUCUCAGCUUGUGGCUUUGGAUCCCAAUGCCACUAAAUGCUUCUACUACACUAUUUUAUAUGCUGCUGGUGUUGUAAAUGACUUUGGUCCUGAAGACACCAGAACAGCUAAUUGCAUACUAGGCUUGCCGUUGGCUAUCUCAACAACCAACAAAACAUCAAACCAUUUGAGCAAAACAACACUACUCAAAUGGGUUUUCGGGUUCUUGGGAGCUCUUAUAGGGGUUGUAGCAGCGGCAGGGGUGAUCAUUCUUUACAGAAUUCGGGAUAAGAAGAAGAAGCAAGAGGCUUUCCACGAAGAAUAUGUGACCGGUGUGAAGGCCCGGGUUUUGCCCAACUCGGGUGCAAAAUGGUUCUGUGAGGCUGAUCUCGAGGAAGCCACGAAUGGGUUUUCGCAGAGGAACUUGAUUGGGCAGGGAGGAAAUGGGAUCGUGUACAAAGGGACGCUCACGGAUGGCACUGUGGUCGCGGUGAAAGCCAUGCUUGAUCUGGACUCGAAAGGGGAUGAUGAAUUCGCGAAUGAGGUGGAGAUCAUAAGCAAAAUAAGGCACAGGAAUCUCCUCUCCCUCCGGGGCUGUUGUGUCUCGAGCGAUGCUUCCAGAGGUAAAAGAAGAUACCUUGUUUAUGACUUCAUGUCAAAUGGUAGCCUCGAUGAUCAUCUCUUCAAACACGAAUCCAAAAAACAAUCCAUGACUUGGCCUCAGAGAAAGAAAAUAAUGCUUGAUGUCGCGAAAGGGCUUGCUUACUUGCAUUAUGGACUCAAACCAGCCAUUUAUCACCGCGACAUCAAGGCCACCAACAUCCUUCUGGACUCGGAAAUGAAAGCAAGAGUGGCAGAUUUCGGGCUGGCCAAGCAGAGCACAGAAGGCCAGUCUCAUCUCACGACAAGGGUUGCCGGGACAUAUGGAUAUCUAGCGCCAGAAUAUGCUCUGUACGGUCAACUAACAGAGAAAAGCGACGUUUAUAGCUUUGGAAUUGUGAUUCUUGAAGUCAUGAGCGGAAGGAAAGUGCUAGAUGCAUCAAAUUCAUCGACCCUUCUGAUCACGGAUUGGGCUUGGGGGCUUGUGAAAUCGGGAAAUGUGGAGGAGUUCUUUGAUGAAUUAAUCAGAGAGGAAGGACCGAGAGGGGUGAUGGAGAGGUUUGUGCAUGUUGGGAUACUCUGUGCUCAUGUGAUGGUGGCUCUUAGGCCUACCAUUGCUGAUGCCCUUAGGAUGCUUGAAGGUGACAUUGACAUCCCAAAAUUACCAGACAGGCCGUUGCCUCUCAGUCAUGAGUCAUUUAGAUCUUCUUUGCAGUAUAGUAUGUCUAUGAGUGAGAGAUCAAGAGCCAGCUCAAGCAUUAUUAGCAUAUAAAUUAAAUCUGUGGACCCUUUGAUCUAAGAAUACCCAUGCCAGAACUUCAAAAUGGCUGUUUUUUUUUUUUUUCGGACACAAGUUAGAUCUGUAUGUAAUUAUACACAGUAAUACACGAUACAUCAAAAUAGGAUGUAAUACUAGAAUGAAUAUUGAAACUUUUCUGCAUUUCAAGAUUGCAAAUUUGUUGCAAAAUGUCUCUAUGACCCCCUUUUUUAAUUUAUUUUUUAUUUUUUACUUUUGAUAUUAUUUGAGUUUAUUGCAGUCAGUGCAAUGAUAGAGAAACUUGACUGCAAAAAAAACAUAAAAAAAAAAAAAAAAUUGGUUCGACAUGAGUGGUCUACCUGCAUGUUAAAAUAUGGUUUAUCAUAGCCUCUAAUCAUCCUCCUCAUUUAUGUG